AUGAAGGUUAAUAAAAAUAGUUACAACGACAUUCAACCUUGUGGAUGUUUCGAUGCUAAAUCUACUGAUUUAUUGGAAGCAACUCCAAUAAAUCUAGUUAAAAGUUUCUUUAUUGUUGAUAAGGUUAAAAGUGCUAAAAAAUUAGCACAAUCGAUUAUCAGUAUAGAAUAUUUAAAUGGUCAUAAUCAAAUAGUUAGUUCAGAAGAAACGGGAGAAUAUAACGAUUUAAAAACUUAUUUACAACCUUUACCUGUUGAUCAAGAAGUUACUAGAAAAGAUUUGAAUAUUAGUGAUGAACCUCGUGAAGAUAACGAUUUAGAAAAAGUUAGGAAACAGAUUUUAAUUUAUUUUCAAGAGCAUGGUAUUGAAAAAGUUAGAGUGGAAGCCAAAGGAGUAAAUUCGUUAACUUUAAAUGAUUUAAAAAAGGGUAAUAAUAAUCAAGAGUUAGGAUAUGGAAAAAUUCUUUUCUAUGGGGGCAUUGCUGUGGUAGUUUUUUGCGUGGUAGGAUUAAUUGCUUAUCUUGCUUAUCGAAGUGAAAAAAAUAGACCACGAGGAUAUUAA